AAGAGAUUGACUGCACAAAGCACGUAUAUAGGUUUUCUCUCUGACUGUUCUUUUAGCUUUAUACUGUAACUAAAGGGUUGACAAUAUUUCCAUCAAACACGAAGGUCAAAAUACAGGUUAUUUUGUCGAAACUGGGUAAUGACCUAGAGGGCAAACCCAAAAGCCAGAAAGAAAACAAACCAAAUGAAACUCUUCCCAAAUAAAUCUUUAGCAAUAGAGGUCAAUGAUAAAUGACGCAGCUGCUGCUGGAUUUAUUGAUUUGUGUUUAGAUUGUGUGUGCAGUGAAGUAUCAUUGUGAAUGAUAUCACAAAAAGAAGGGGGAUAUGGUUUUUCCUGAUAAAAUUUUUAACUCGAACCGAAAUUCUGACGCACACACACAUAAACAUCAUUUCAGUUUCUCAAUCUCUGGGUAAUGUGUGAAAAUCGUGAGAGAAAUCUGAUUGUGAUAGGCAUCAGUGGGGUUACUUGUGGCGGAAAAACAACUACAGCGACAAAACUGGCCAACUUAUUGCCAAACUGUAAAAUAAUUGGUCAGGAUGACUAUUUUCUGGUCGAGGAUGAUCCAAGGCAUACGUGGAUCCCCGAGUUGAAUCACGUAAAUUAUGACACAAUAACCAGUCUGGAUAUGGAUCAGAUGUAUGAAGAUUUAUUAGAGAUUAUCAAUAAGUUUAAAAGGAAAGGAGUAUUGGAGGAGUCAAAGAAUUCAGCAAACCAAGAGGCAAAGGAAAACUGUAUAUCACUUACUAGAUUUAAAGAUUCUAAUGUGUCAUUUUUGAUUGUCGAGGGAUUUUCGAUUUUCAAUUUUAAACCACUGUUACCUCUUUUCCAUUUAAAAUACUAUUUUGUUCUAGAUAAAGAUAAGUGUCUUGAGCGUCGUGAAAAAAGGGCUUACGAGCCUCCUGAUUGUCCUGGAUAUUUCGAGAAAUGUGUCUGGCCGGAGCAUCUUGCCCAGUUGAAGGAAGUUAAAACUUUUGUCAAAAAUGUGUGUUAUUUUGAUGGAGAUUCAGAAUUAGAUAUUAUUCAGAAAAUACUAGCUGAUAUUACUGAAUAUCUAAAGUCAAGUACUUAAUAUAAGUUUUUAAGGUCAAAAGUGUGAAGUUAUUCCAAUAAAACUGCAUUCCUGUGAUUAUAAAGA